AUGGUGAAAAAAGACCUCUCUAACAGUGAAAGGAAUAAGAUAGUGCAGUUUCUUCUCUCUAACUUGAAGAAUGGCAAGCCUAGAUACGGCUCCAUGAAGGAGGCAGCAUCCGUCUUCAACUCCUCCGAACGCACUGUUGCUCGUCUUUGGGCGGCUGCGAAGAAACAAAGGGAAAAUGGUGAGGAAAUAUAUUUAACAAAUGCAAAACCAGGGGCUGCACGAAGAAAAAGAAUAAGCGUCGACAUAGAGCUUAUUCAAAGCCUAGAGCUACACAAAAGAUCAACAAUUAGACGACUUGCAGUGGGGAUUAAUCAAAGCAAAAGCACUGUUUGGAGGUGGGUAAAGAAGGGGCUGAUCAGAGCGCAUUCUAGUGCUAUAAAACCCGAUCUCACGGCCCCAAACAAGUUGUUGCGACUGCGUUUUUCACUAGAAGCAUUGGAAUUUGAUCGCAUUAUGUUGGCUUUGAAGUUUAAGGCUAUGGACAACACCAUUCACAUAGAUGAAAAGUGGUUCUACAUCACAAAGGCAUCACACAAAUUUUACCUAACACCGGCAGAGGGAGAUCCUCACCGCACAUGCAAGAGUAAGGCGUUCAUAAAGAUGGUAAUGUUUGUGUGUGCCGUUUGUAGGCCAAUUUUUUCAGAUUCGGGGGAAUGCUUAUUCGAUGGGAAGAUUGGAAUCUUCCCAUUAACAGAACAAGUUCCUGCCAAGAGAAACAGCAAAAACAGACCAGUGGGCACUAUGGAAACUAAGCCUAUUCAGUCCGUGACCAAGGAGGUCAUGAAAGGGUGCUUCUUAAAUAUGCUCUUACCAGCUAUAUUUGCAAAGUGGCCUGCAUUUGCAAGUAAAGUGAUCUAUAUUCAGCAAGAUAAUGCCAAACCACAUAUUCUAGACUCAGACCCCGAUUUUAGGGCUGCAGCCACUGCUCAUGGAUUCGAUAUAAGAAUAGUUCAACAACCACCAAACAGUCCGGACACAAAUGUGAACGACUUGGGAUGGUUUAGAGCUAUUCAGAGCAUUCAAACUGAAUCUGCAUGUUACAAUUGUGAUGAUCUUGUGAAGGCAGUUGAGGCAUCUUAUGCACAACUAUCUCCUCAUACACUAAACAAAGUGUUUCUAAGUUUACAGUCGUGUAUGAUAGAGAUAAUGAAACAAAUAGGUCAUAAUGCAUACAAGAUCCCACACAUGGGGAAAGAUGCACUAAUGAGAGCAAACCAGCUGCCAAGAGAUUUGGAAGUGCCUAUUGGCUUGGUGGAAGAAUGCAUGAACUACUUGAAUGAAAAUGCACCAAUACAUUUGGUGCAAGAGGUUGUGGAGAAGUUGGGAUAUCCCUUUCCACAAGAAGGGCUACUAAACCAACUCUUACACAAAGAAGGCACCAGGCGGCCCAAACCAUCAUACGCCAGAUACAACAACAUGGGGAAAGAAGGCACCGGGCGGCCCAAACCAUCAAACACCAUAUACAACAACAUCAAUGAAGGCACCAGGCUGCAUCAAACAGCCCGAUACAACAACACAAAUGAUGGCACCAAGCGGCCGUACACGUAA